AUGAGCUGUCUCAAGGCUGGAUCGUCGACGCUCCGGGGGGGUGAUGUCGAGACGUUGGUGGUUUCUGGGUUUUGUCCGCCACAUCAGGCCACGCCUAAUUGUGGACAGUUCAGUCUCCGUGCGACCGCCACUUCCUAUCUCCCAAACAAGUUGGGCAUGUCCGCCAGUGUCCGCCACCUGCAUUCCAAUAUCGAAGCCUGCAAGCCUAUGCAUGCUGGUCCAGGGCAUCGGCGUGUUAAGCUGAGACAGCUGCGUUUCUGCCAUCGGCGCCUGUGCAGUGGUUGUCCGACCUUCAUCGAUGGACGACCUGCUGGCCUCUACUUGCAAGCAAGCCUGCUCGUGGUUCUCCUGCAGAUUGCGUCUUCAAGGGCCGCCUUUUGCCCCGUGUGGCCUGGAAGGCUGGUAGUUUGCAGCAGUUCGACUUUACUACGUCGUACGCCUGGACCCCGAUAA